AUGGUCACUGCCGACGAGAUUCUCGGCUCUCCAUGGAAUGCCGCCCCACUGGACGUGCUUCGCGCCACAGACGUCUCCGAAUCACAGGGUCUCUCUGAGGACGAAGUCCAUGCCCGUCGUGAGAAGCACGGCUGGAACUCGAUCCCGCCGCAACCAGGAAAGCCCCUGUGGAAGCUCGUGCUCGAGCAGUUUGAGGACCGACUCGUCAUCAUUUUGCUCCUCGCAGCCGUUGUGUCCUUUGUCCUCGCUUGCUUUGAGGACGGCGAAAACCAGCUCCAGGCCUUUUUCGAGCCCCUCGUCAUCCUCUUGAUCCUCAUUGCGAACGCGAUUGUCGGUGUCAUGCAGGAGAGAAAUGCGGAGAGCGCCAUUGAAGCUCUCAAGGAGUAUGAACCGGAAACUGCCAGCGUCCUAAGGGAAGGCGUCCAGAAAGUCGUCAAAGCCGCCGAGCUCGUACCGGGUGAUAUUGUCGAAGUUGCUGUCGGUGCCAAGGUUCCGGCUGAUAUGAGGAUUGUUAGCUUGCAGAGUUCGGUUCUCAUGGCUGACCAGAGUAUUGUCACUGGCGAGAGCCUCAGCGUGUCGAAGACGACCACCAAAAUCCCGGUCGAAGCGGGCGUCGCUGUCGUUCAGGAUAAGAAAUGUAUGUUGUUUAGUGGAAGUACCGUCAGUAGAGGUAAGUGUGUGUGUGUUGUCAUCAGCACUGGCACCGAUACUGAGAUUGGAAAAAUCCAUGCCGAUAUCGCAGAGGAAGAGGAGUCUCCCACCCCACUCAAGAUUAAGCUGGAUGAGUUUAGCGAGUUUCUGUCGAAGGUAAUCUUGAUUAUUUGCAUUCUCGUAUGGCUGGUCAACAUAGGCAAUUUCAGGUCGCACGGUGGUUUAUUCAACGGCGCUAUCUACUACUUCAAGAUUGCAGUUGCCUUGGCUGUCGCUGCGAUUCCAGAGGGGUUACCCGCUGUUGUCACUACAUGCCUCGCCCUGGGUACUAAAUCAAUGGCAAAGAAGAACGCUAUUGUUCGGCACUUGCCCUCAGUGGAAACCCUUGGUUGCACGACGGUUAUUUGUUCCGACAAGACGGGAACCUUGACGACUAACAUGAUGAGUGUGCAACGCGUUAUGGUUGUCAACAAGAUGGACGCCGAAGGUUAUGCAACCAUACAAGAGGUGGAGGUGUCCGGCGGCACCCUUGAGCCAGAGGGUGAAUUCCGAAAUGCAGGGUCUCCCGACACGUUUUCGAACCCGGCCAACUCGAACAAGCUCAUUGCGGAGAUGGCUGAAAUCUCCACCGUUUGUAACGAUUCAUCUUUGACUUACGAUGAGCAGAACAAGCAUUUUGACCGUAUUGGCGAAGGAACUGAAGUUGCCCUGACGGUGUUUGCGGAGAAGACUGGUGUACCGGAUGCCGAUGUGUGCGAAGCUCGCGUUACCGCUGCUCCUGCCGAAAAGGCAACAAUGUGUCGCAAGUUUUGGCUUAGCAAGCUGAACAAGCUUACCACGUUCGAGUUUGCGCGGGAUAGGAAGAGUAUGUCUGUACUUGUGGCGCCGAAAGAUGACCCAUCAUCGACGCGGUUGUUGGUUAAGGGUGCACCGGAGUCUGUGCUGGAGAGGUGCAAAUACGUCCGCCUUGACGAUGGACAAACUGCGGAAAUUACAUCUCCUAUUCGCGAGCAGUUGGAGUCUGUUGUGUUGAAGUGGAGCUCCGGCUCCAGUGCACUUCGUUGCCUGGCAGUGGCGGUGCGCGACGGUGCCCCGGGACUCGGAGAUUACGAUCUUACGGACACGACGCGUUUUGCUGAGUAUGAGAGUGACCUGACGUUUGUUGGCAUCCUCGGUAUGCUGGAUCCGCCUCGUGCGGAGGUGAAAGAUGCGAUAUCGAGGUGUCGAGAUGCUGGUAUUCGAGUAAUUGUCAUCACUGGGGACAACAAGGCGACUGCCGAGGCCAUUUGCCGUCGAAUUGGUGUGUUUGACGAAGAGGAAGAUUUGGAAGGCAAGUCAUUCACUGGCACAGAAUUUGAUGCCCUUUCAAAUACAGAACAAGAAGUGGCAGUGAAGAAUGCAUCACUGUUUGCUCGUGUCGAACCGCAGCACAAACAACGGCUCGUGGACUUCUUGCGAGCUGGACGUGAGGUUGUUGCCAUGUCAGGAGACGGUGUGAACGACGCACCUGCGCUCAAGAAGGCGGAUAUUGGAAUCGCGAUGGGAUCUGGAACUGCAGUGGCCAAGGAGGUUUCGUCCAUGGUUCUCGCCGAUGACAACUUCGCCACCAUUGUUGCAGCAGUUGAGGAAGGGCGAUCGAUUUACGCAAACAUGAAGCAGUUUAUUCGUUAUUUGAUUAGCUCGAACAUUGGUGAGGUGUGGUGUAUUUUCUUGACUGCCCUGCUCGGGAUGCCUGAAGCCUUGAUUCCCGUGCAGCUGCUCUGGGUGAAUUUGGUCACAGAUGGACUCCCUGCAACCGCGUUGAGCUUUAACAAAGCCGAUGCGGACAUUAUGACUCAGAAACCCCGAGGUUUGGAAGACAGUAUUAUCGAUACGUGGAUGUUCUUCCGCUACAUGGCCAUCGGAACUUACGUUGGAGUUGGGACCGUAGGCGGGUUUGCAUGGUGGUAUCUGUUUUACGAGUCAGGGCCGCAGAUGUCUUGGCAUGAUCUUGUUCACUUCAACACUUGUACCGAAGUGGCUGGUCGUGGCUGGUCUUGUGAUGUCUUCCAAGCACGAAACGCAAGCACAAUAGCAUUGACCAUUCUGGUUCUUAUUGAGAUGCUGAAUGCUUUCAACAGUAUUUCUGAAAACCAGAGUUUGCUGACGAUGCCUCCAACGACAAAUCCGCUUCUCAUCAUCGCAUGCAUGAUGAGCUUGGCGUUGCAUUUUGUGAUUUUGUAUGUACCAUUCUUUGCCAAGAUUUUCUCUGUAGUGCCUCUGAGCUCAGCAGAAUGGACUGCGGUUAUUGCCAUGAGCGUUCCUGUAAUAUUUUUGGAUGAGGUACUUAAGCUAGUCUCGAGAAGAGUUGCAAGUAAUGAGAAGAAGAGACAGUGAGGUGGUUCUUGUAUAUGUGGUGAAGGGUGCUCUACUUCAAUGUCUAGAAUUUGUGUCUCUAGAGGAGCGAUUUUUUGUAAAGCAACUGACUUUCUUUUUGACAA